AUGAACGCGUCUGGUGCGCGCUCACGAGAGAAGGCGAUGCGGCGCGAGAACAAGCAGGAGGCAGUGCUGAGACCCGUAAGAGGACUGAAGACACAGGCAUUCGAACCAAGAGGAUGCAGUCUGGAUUCAGCUGCUCAUCUGAGUACAGGGCGGGUCGUCAUUUGUGUAACUCAGAUCAGUGCAGUGUGCCUCCUUAACACCAUGGUGCUGUCCCAACGGCAACGAGAUGAACUAAAUCGUGCAAUAUCCGAUUAUCUUCGUUCCAAUGGAUAUGAAGAAGCAUAUUCCAAUUUCAAAAAAGAAGCUGAAUUAGACGUGAAUGAAGAUUUGGAUAAAAAGUAUGCAGGUCUUCUGGAGAAAAAAUGGACCUCUGUCAUCAGGUUGCAGAAGAAGGUAAUGGAACUUGAAUCAAAGUUGAACGAUGUGAAAGAUGACAUCCACUUUGGCGGACCAGUCACUCAGAAGCGCGACCCCAAAGAGUGGAUUCCCCGACCUCCAGAGAAGUACACUCUAAGUGGGCACCGGAGUCCUGUCACUCGAGUCAUUUUCCAUCCAGUGUUCAGCGUCAUGGUGUCUGCCUCUGAGGACGCCACCAUAAAAGUUUGGGACUAUGAGGCCGGGGACUUUGAGCGCACAUUGAAGGGUCAUACAGACUCUGUACAAGACAUCUCUUUUGACCAAACUGGCAAGCUGCUCGCCUCCUGCUCUGCUGAUAUGACCAUCAAGCUGUGGGAUUUCCAAGUUUUUGAGUGCAUACGGACCAUGCAUGGACACGAUCAUAAUGUUUCUUCAGUUGCCAUCAUGCCAAAUGGAGAUCACAUUGUCUCUGCUUCAAGGGACAAAACCAUAAAAAUGUGGGAGGUCGCCACUGGUUAUUCGGUAAAGACCUUCACUGGCCACAGGGAGUGGGUCCGUAUGGUGCGACCAAAUCAGGAUGGCACAUUAAUUGCCAGCUGCUCUAACGACCAGACAGUGCGUGUGUGGGUUGUGGCCACGAAAGAGUGCAAAGCAGAGCUGCGGGAACAUGAGCAUGUAGUGGAGUGCAUUUCAUGGGCUCCAGAGAGCGCUUAUCCCAGUAUCCAGGAUGCUACUGGGUCAGAGAAUAAAAAAAGUGGCAAGCCAGGUCCUUUCCUAUUGUCUGGCUCCAGAGAUAAAACUAUUAAGAUGUGGGAUAUAAGCACCAGCAUGUGCCUUAUGACUCUGGUUGGCCAUGACAAUUGGGUACGUGGUGUCCUUUUCCAUCCUGGUGGGAAGUUUGUUGUUAGUUGUGCAGAUGACAAAACUUUAAGGAUUUGGGACUACAAGAACAAGCGGUGCACGAAAACCUUGGGGGCUCAUGAACACUUUGUUACCUCUAUGGAUUUCCACAAAGCUGCACCUGAGAAGUUUGUCACCAAAGAGAUGUCUGCAGCACCAGGAAACAAGGACCCAAAUUCUGACGCUCUCUUUAAAGUCAUGUCUCUUAACAAGUCAAUGCAUCCACGGAACCGUUACAAAGACAAGCCCCCUGACUUCGCCUACUUAGCCUCGAAGUACCCGGAGUUCCAGCAGCACGUACAGACCAGCCUGGUGGGGCGGCCAAUUGUGAAUUUCAAAGAGCCAGAAGCAGUUCGAGCAUUGACCUGCACCUUGCUUAAAGAAGACUUUGGUUUGACUAUAGAGAUUCCCCUAGAGCGUCUGAUACCCACAGUGCCACUACGUCUCAACUACAUUCACUGGGUGGAGGACCUUAUCGAUGGCCAAAAGCAACUGCGGCGUGGCAUUGAUAUUGGUACUGGGGCCUCUUGCAUAUACCCCUUAUUAGGAGCCACAAUGAAUGGUUGGUACUUUCUCGCUACAGAGGUAGAUGACAUCUGCUUCAAUUAUGCAAAGAAAAAUGUGGAGCAAAACAAUAUGUCAAAAUGUAUAAAAGUUGUAAAGGUACCACAGAAGACUUUACUCAUGGAUGCUUUGAAAGAGGAGACAGAGAUUCUGUAUGACUUCUGUAUGUGCAACCCCCCUUUUUUUGCAAACCAGCUGGAAGCACAGGGAGUUAACUCUAGAAACUCCAGACGACCUCCCCCUAGCUCGGUCAACACUGGAGGGGUGACGGAGAUAAUGGCAGAGGGUGGGGAGCUAGAGUUUGUCAAGAGAAUCAUUCACGACAGUCUGCAGCUUAAGAAGCGCUUACGGUGGUAUAGCUGCAUGUUGGGGAAGAAAUGCAGCCUGGCGCCAUUGAAAGAGGAGCUGAAGAAACAAGGGGUGCCCAAAGUGACCUAUACAGAGUUCUGCCAGGGGCGGACAAUGCGAUGGGCAUUGGCCUGGAGCUUUUAUGACGAUGUGAUGGUUCCGUCUCCUCCCACUAAGAAACGCAAACUGGAGAAGGCCCGGAAACCGCUGUCGUUCACGCUUCCAGAGGUGGGGCUCAAAUCGCUCCAGACAAAAGCCUCAGCGCUCGGCUGCACUGGAAGUUGUCCUGUGGAGGCUGUCACUGCUCUUCUGGAAAAGUCUCUCACUGAGCUACGAGUUCUCUUUAAACAAGUUCCCUGUCGAAAGCAAGAAAAGAGCCUGUUAUUGACAGCUGUGGAGAACACAUGGAUCCAUGGACGUCAAAGACGACGUGAACAGAGACGGCAGUUGAGAGAGAUUCCAAGAGCACCACAAAGUCUCCAAAACGCUGCUGCAUCUAUAGCACCACAUCCCUCUACAAGUGACACGCCAAUAAAUGAGCAAGAGUCGACGUGUCAAACCCAGCCCACCGUGCCAAGAGAAGAACCCGAGGCCGGAUUGACCGCCACAGUUCUGGAAGCUGCUACAGAAAACGAUUCCCUUUUACAGAAACCCAGCAGCCCUGGUGCAGCCGGACUGUUUUUAUUCAAAUGUUUGCUGAAUGUGAUGUUUGAGGAAAAAGAUGUACUGGUGGAGAUGCACUGGGUCGAGGGUCAGAACAAAGACCUAAUGAACCAACUCUGCACGUUCCUCAAGAACACACUGCUGAGGUCUAUCGCAGUGUGA